AUUAAAAAUAAUAAUAAAAUGGUUUAUAAACUAUUUUUCAUCUUUAUUAAUAUUAUUAUUCUGUCAACUCUUACUUAUUCAGUACCAUAUGAUACAGUCGAAAAUAUAGACUAUGAUAUUAUUAAAGGACAAGAUAAUGAAUUCUUUUGUCCAAAUAAUUCAAAUGUAAUUUGUUGUCCUCUCUUAGCGCAUCGGGUUGCUUCUGAAAAUCAUUCACGAUGCGCAACAAUUAUUCUCGUUAAUAAGAGUGGUUAUAAUUUGACUUUAGAAACAGUCAACCUUGAAGAUGGUCGUUGGGUAACGAUGGAAGAUUAUGGUCGUGUUAUUGAUGUAAAUUGUGAACCACGCUCUAUUCUAAAUGGUGAAUCUGAAGCUAUAUCUACUGUUACAAGUCAUUUUCUUGGUGGAGUAUUAGGGUUUGUUACUUUUAUUAUGGAUGAUGAUAUGUCAAGCAAAUUUAUUAUCUCUUGGGAUGUUCCAACGAUCGGAUUCCCUGGAUAUUAUUUUAACUUCAUGGAUGAAACAUCUAAACAUAAGUUUGCCAUUAAUUCUCAAAAUACCUUUGGAGAUACAGUUUUUCGAAUUGAAAUUUAUGAAAAAAUUCCUUGGACUUGGCCAACUAUACCGUUAUAUUUUCUCGUUCCGUUUCUUAUGCUUUCUAUCGCUAUACCUUGCUGUUGCAUUUCAAUUAUAUUCGGAGAAACACAAUAUCCACGACAAGAACAACGACGAUCAUAUGUUCCUCAAAGACAAGGACAACAAUUUCAUAAUAAUCUCGUUAAUCAACAAAGACGACAACAAGGACGACAAUCUUAUAAUUCCAUCAAUAAACAAGCUUAUAAUUUCUUCUAAAAAUAGAAUUAUAGACAGACAUUUUUAACAUUAUUUUCAUUUUAAUGGUAUUUAUUUCAGAAUGAUGUAUAUUACAGUAUAUAAAAAAAAAAAAAAAAAA